AUGUCGACGGCGGCGGCGGAGCUGCUGAGCAUGGGGAUACUGCUGGAUGUGCUGGACGAGGAGUGGAUGCGGGACACCCUCCCCGACGACGGUGAUUUUUCAUUCUCUCUCUAGAUCGGUUCUUGCUGCGUUCUCACCAGAUGGGUUCUGACGGCCGCCGCCCUGAUGAAACCUCCUGCAGAGAUCCCUCUGCCCUCUGAGGUUGCCCUCCGUGUCGAGGACGCCGAAGAUUCCAGUACGUGUCUCCCACUUUCCCCACUCCUCCCCUCCCUUUGCUCGCUUCCCCUUCCUCGAGGAUGGCUUUCCUCCUGUUAGAUGCUCGGGGAAAUGCGUCGUAGGAAGAUGCGGUAGUUUUCUGUACUGGCGGCUCGAGAGAUUGGGGGGAAACCAGUCCGCAGUCGCCCUGAUCACCUUUUAGAGUUUCCAUUUAUCUCAUUCUCUUAAUCUCCUCCAUCCUCUGCCGCUGUGAUUUGUGAUGGGUUCGCUGGCGAAAAUGGGCAGAUCUGGAGAACCAGCAGGUGGAGGCGGACACAUGGCGUGACCUCGCCCUGGACAACCAGUGA